AUGUCAGCAGAUCAUUCUAGGGACCCAUGUCCAAUUGUGAUUCUAAAUGAUUUUGGUGGUGCCUUUGCAAUGGGUGUGAUUGGUGGUUGUGUUUGGCAUGGUAUAAAAGGGUUUAGGAAUUCUCCACUCGGAGAACGUGGUACGGGUGCUUUGAGCGCGAUUAAAACAAGGGCGCCUGUGGUCGGUGGUAAUUUUGGUGUAUGGGGUGGUUUAUUCUCAACUUUUGAUUGUGCAGUUAAGGCUGUUAGAAAGAGAGAAGACCCAUGGAAUGCCAUUAUUGCUGGUUUUUUUACAGGUGGUGCGUUGGCGAUUAGAGGAGGGUGGAGGCACACCAGAAAUAGUGCUAUUACAUGUGCUGCGUUAUUGGGUGUAUUUGAAGGUGUAGGAUUGAUGUUUCAAAGAUACGCUGCUUGGCAAGCCAAGCCCAUGGCGCCACCGCUGCCCGAUCAACAACAACCAAUGCAGGCUUGA